AUGAAUGAGGAGGCUCUUCUAGCACGGGCUUCCGAGGAGCGGGAGCGUAUCUUCCAAAGAUACGAAAGGGGCAGAGAGAAUCUCGUCGGUCAAAUAGACCCGUGGGAGGACCCAGAGUUUGAAGACUACCACAAAACUGAUAGGUAUGGGUUUAUCCACGAUGAGCGGCUGCCGCAGAAAACGGCGCCGCAAAAGAUCAACGUUGAAGUUGAGAGAGAAAAAAAAUGGGUCAAGAUGCUCGGCUCAUGGGACUCUCCCACAACAAAAGAAAAGCUACAUAGAAGAAUUUAUAAAGGCAUUCCAAAUUCAUUAAGGAUUAAGAUAUGGUGCAAACUGUUAGAUGUUAACCGAAUAAAGUCUGAGAAUCUCGGGAAAUACCAAGAGAUGUUGAAAUUGGCGAAGACAUGGUCGACAGAUGUCAGACAGAUAGAUUCAGAUGUAAAUAGGCAGUUUCGUGAACACCAAUUUUACCGCGAGAGAUAUUCAGAGAAGCAAUGUUCACUGUUCAAUGUUUUGUGUGCUUACAGCAUGUACAAUUCUGAAGUAGGUUAUUGCCAAGGCAUGUCGGGCUUAGCCGGGGUUCUGCUCAUGUAUAUGGACGAAGAGGAUGCGUUUUGGGCUUUAGCGAUAUUACUCUCUGAUAAGAAAUAUGCCAUGCACGGGCUGUAUAUUGAAGGAUUCCCAAAAUUAACAAGGUUCCUUGAGCAUCACGAUAAAAUACUCACAAAGUUCAUGCCUAAGCUCAAGUUUCAUUUUGACAAGUAUGGCCUAGAUGCCAUAUUGUACUCUCUCAAAUGGUAUUUUGUAUGUUUUGUUGAACGUGUUCCAUUCAGUCUUUGUUUGCGAGUAUGGGAUAUAUAUUUACUAGAUGGAGAGCGUGUAAUAACAGCAAUGGCAUAUACUAUUCUUAAACUCCAUAAAAAAGCCAUAAUGAAGUUGAAUGAUAUGGAUCUUAUUGUUAAUUAUAUCCAGGUUAAAUUGCAUAAGGAUUUUGGUUACGAGGACGACGUCGUUAUAUACAACCUAGAGAGAUCGAUGGAUGAGUUGAAACGGGCAAAGCUCGAUUAUCCUGGGCCUCCACCCCCAGUGGAGUUGCCUAAGAGACAGUUAGGAAUGUUCGUGGAACCAGAUAAGAAGUCCAAGAUUGGCCAGAGGGCUGAGAACUUCUCAGAUGCUGAAAAACAAGCUAGAGCUACAGUGAUUUUAAGGCGCGAAAAGGCGGCCAUAGAUCUGCAGGAGCUUCGCGUAUCGCAGAGCGACACGGUGUCAGAACAUAGUGGGGUAGCGGGCGCGCGUUGCGAGGACUCCGCGUCGGCGCUCGGCUCGCGGCGCUCGCUCGCCGACACGAGCGUCACGAGCACGGCCGACCUGAGCGUGUUCUCGAGCGGGCGGUCGCACGCGCCGGACAACUCGCUCGAUACGCACAGCAACAUCAGCGACGACGGCACUGGGUCAGAUGGGUCCGGUAUCUGCGGUCUGAGCAUUCAGAGAGUAUCCACGGCUCAGUCGACGCCGCGGGCCACUCCGUACCCCCCCUCCGUCUCGCCUAUGUCGGAGGACGUCGUUCGCAUCCACGUGACGUACAACCCCCUGGCGGCCAGCCCUUCGCAUCUCCAGCCGGUCAGCCCCUCCAAGUACAAGGGCUACACUGAGAUACACCACAAGCCAGCGUCGCUCGGCUUCUACACCUCGAACGGCACCAACAUGCCCUCCGAUAACAGGAUACGCAUUCAGGUCCCAUCCGAGGAGCUGUUGACGCCAGUCGUUGAUUCUGGACGCAUCAUCUCUCCGCGGUACAUCGAAUCUCAUUCGGGAAUAUAUGAUAUUAAAUAGAUUUUAGCGCGCUUUUUAGGUGUUAUGAGUACAAAAAUUGGGAAUAUUGCAGCGGUGGUGUUGAGUUUAUAAUUGCGUUGCAUAGUUUUGAUCCUACUAUUAAAGACUUUAGGAUGCGUGUUUAAAUAUUCUAUAUAAUUUUUGUUUAGGCGUUGCAAUGAGGUUUUUCAAUCUUUUUGAAUAAAUUGUACAAAAAAAUCUUUGAUUAUAACCACAAAAAGUGUAUUUUCCGGUUUAUAUAUAGGACGUUGGUUUGUCAACUUUUGGUGUUGUUACACCGUUUUGGUAAAUCUCGAUUAAUUGCUUAUAAUUUUUAAACCUUAAUUCAUUCCGUAAAUCGACACCUGUUAUUGAAAGUAAGAUGUCAGUAUUUUUGUAUUAACUUUUAAAGUAUUAGCUCAUGUUAUUUCUAUGUGAAUGUGUGAUUUGAUUUUUACAAGUAACAUCUAUAUUUUAGUACAAAAUUUCUAAUAGUACACGCUCGGAGCAAUGUGUUUAGUUUCCGCACUGAAUGUUUAACCAAAGCACGUUUAGGGAUUGUAUAUUUGAUAUGCCUUUAAAACCGCGGGAUUGUUAAUAGAAUUUGACAAAUUGAAUCGAAUAUUAUUCAAAAUUUGUCAUAUAAAUGUUGUUCAAAUGUAAUGGCUCGUUGACUGAGCCUUGCUCUAAUACAGGACCUUACGAACCUACAGUGAGAAACGCAAUAAUAUCAGUCUAACUGUUAAACUAGGUGUAAAAUAUGUUACCGUUCAUUGCCGUGUUUGAAUGUGUAGAUGGAGUGUUUUCCAUCCUUAAAUGCCCCUAUGCGGAUACCUGUACGCUUCUAGUUUGUGCACGUAAGAGGAUAAGUGCAGAAAUGUAUUAGUUUGAGCAAUCGAGCGAGAUCUCGGAUCGGCUUACAGACUAGGCUCGCUGUAAAGUGUUCGAAAUGUCGGGAGAAAUAAUAAAGUGGAUAAAUCACGCUUAAAAUCCGGUAAAACGCCUUUAAUUUAUAAAUGUAUAAUACUCGCGUGAAAUGAAAUACGAUAAAGUUGCAUACAUGUAUGCUUUAAUUUUUACAUCAGUGGAAAUUUUAGCACGUAAUUCAUCUUAUAUCUUUUGUAAAUGAUGGCGAUGCGUUAUAAAAUUAAAUGAAAGAAGAAGGAAGGAUAUAUCGUUAGAAAACCGAAAGGCAACCCCGUAGUUAGUUAUUAUGCAUAUUGUUGGUAAAGGUUUAAGGUUGGAAAACACAGACAUAAAGUACUCGUGAAGUUUGGUGAGAUUUAGUCAUUGCGUGCACGAUGUUCUGUGGAACAUGAUUUUGUAUUUCUUAUUAUUCACACGCUACAACGCGAUUAAAUGAGUGCGUGGUUGUUUGGCAACAUAUAUUUUAUUUGUUUUUUUUUUUUGUUGUAAGUGAGUUGGCUGGUUACUAUGCACCAGCUUGUUAAUGGAGUUUGCAAAACUAUAUGUGGUUAGGGUCUGGUGGGGGUCUGUGUAACGUGGAGUUUAAUGAGAGGAACGUAAGACCUACAUUUUCUUAAAAUGUAAUGGUGUGAAGUGAGUUAUUUGUCUAUAACCAACUAAUUUCACGCAUAAAUUGCAUCACAUGAUCCCAGCGUUUUGAAGUUGAAGUUAUUACCAACAGUGAACAAAUGUAUUUAAAAGGCAAUUUCCUAAAUAUAUUUGUGACAUUUUCGAAUAGAUAUUAUUUUAAAUUUAAUCGAGUUGUACGUGUGUUCCGUAUAUUAAGAACUUUGUAGUCCAUCUAAUGUUUUAUACCACAAGGAUCUCCUUAUUUGGAUCCCUUUUCAGUAGUAUUAUAUGACACUUUCAAUUACAACAAUUCAUGUAUUACAAGUGAAUGUUUAUUUCAAUAUCUCUGAACUUUCUAUUUAUUUCAUUCAAAUACUUCAAACAUCAAUACAACAAAAAAAUCUAAACUUAUCUCUAUCCAUCAAUGUUCAUUUUGCCUCAUGAAUGUGGAAAUGACUAGACACCAUGACUCUUCAAUUAAUUACUAUGUUACAACUUACGUAUAAUUCUAUAUUUUCUUGGUAUUUUACUUCAUUUCGUCUUCUACGACAUUUUCUAUGACAUCAUUCAUAACAUUAUACUGAAGCUUUCGCCUCUGUGGUGUUCUUAAAUUAUUAUUGUAAAAGUCUGGACAAUUUAUCGGAUUAUAUAGGUUUGUUCAUUCACAAUUAACAUUGCCUGUGUAGUUUUAUUACUUGAAUAUACGGGAUCCAAAUAUGGAGUUCCAAGUGGGACACAUUGUUUUAAAUAUUUUAUAAGCUUAGAUAUUGUAGCGUGUAUCGUAUACUCGAUUUAAUGGCUUAGGUCAUAGGUGUAGGUUAUAAUUUAUUCGGCCUAAGGUCGGCGAAAUGCUCACAAUAAUUUAUUUUAUUAACCUUUUUACGAGAAUCCGUCACAAGAGUCCACCAACUCGAUUAUUAUUUUCUUUUGUUUGUAAUACUUUAUGUACCUAUUGAAUAUUAAGUAAUUCUACUCAUAAUUGGAUAUUUUUUUGCUAUGGUUUCGUUUGGAAAUGUGAUCUGAGGAAUUUCUAUUUCAUUUUGAUAGAUUUAAAAUGAUUCGAAUAUCGGUAUCUUAUUUUAAAUAUAGUUUAAAACCUACCAUAUUCCGUUAAUAGUUUCCAAAUAGAAUAGAAAUAGAUGAUAUAUGCUAUUGAUAUAAUCGUUCCAAUUUCAACUUGCAGUGUAGGUUUAUAUAAUUUCGGGAAAAA